AUGCCCAUCAGCAACCGGCUCAACGCUUCGAUACCCAGCGGCCAUGAAUCAGCGCCGUCUACCAGUGUCUUUCGUACUGCUUUUCCAGCCCGUUUUGCUUGUUCGCCAAUAUACCCCGUUGUCAUGUUGCCUCUUCUUCAAAUGCCCCCUCAUGCGGUGACGCCGCCGCCGUCGAAUCUCGAUGCCUUCGCCGCGUUUUCGAACAACAAUGCCGCCUCGCUCAGCGACCACUACCCUCGAAACGUUACCUCCCCAUACCAGCGAACAUUCCCGAUUCGCACAUCCCAAUCGCAGCGGCGUGCAACGGCAUCUGCCGCUCCCCUCUACCCGUUACGGCCAGAGCACCACCUUCGCCGAAAGACUCCAAACGGUACCAUCGAUGCCGGCUAUGACGGGUCGCCCUCCUUGUUCUCGCAUGGCCCACCUCCCUCGAAACAUUUGGUCCUACCCCGAUCUGCGACUGCCACGGCAUUCCCGCCGACAGGGCCUCUCAUACAUCAGCCCCAUUAUGCCGCCAGCAUUGACCACCAUCAUCCCUCCUCCGGUGGACAUAUGGGGCUCGGCGAUGAUAUCCGACAAACUCGCUUGGGCUCUUCGCCCUGGCCCUUUCCAAACGAUACAUCAGUGCAUGAUGGGCCCUUUCUUGGAGGUCACCAAGUAUUCCCCUCGGCCGAGGGACACUAUAUACCACAUGGCCAGGCUGACGCGCUUGGGAUGUUUCCCAACGCAUAUCAACCCUUAAUGAGGGCUCAUGAAUACAACGUCCGGGCUUUUUGUCCGCCCCCAGUGGUGAUGAACGAUUCAUUACCAUUUGGCCAAGUGCCCAUACACACUCCAUGGAGUUAUCAAAACCACGCGCGAGCUGGCGUCCUUCCGCCAAGGCAUGUCCAGCAGCAUGACUUUGGAGCUGUUCCACAGCACCCCAUGUCUUUGGCUCAUCCACCUUCUUUCACUCCAACCGCCGGCCUUGACCCCCAGUACAAUCCCGCUUUCAACCCAAGCCUAGCGAUGCAGGCCUAUCCUCGGCCUGCAAGCUUCAACAGCCCGCAAGGUUUCCGCGAGAAGGUGCUUUCACAGGCUCACAAGGCUUAUGUUGAUCUCUUGUCUUACCUCCAAACUAUCCGGAGACCUCAUCCCACCAAGGGAACCUCGGGUCACAACACAUCACCGAAACUUCUUGUAUACCCGAAGCCCCCAAAGCCCUCCUUGAAAUUCUCUGAUAUCCCGGAUGGAAAGGAAAUCACGGGGAUGAGGCUUGCGCCGGAAGGUGAUCGCAGACAGGAUUACCACCCUGGGAGGAACUCGGCGCCACAGCUUCAGGGGACAUUCGGCAACUAUCCGUCCAUGGGCAAAACGACGCCCUUCGCAGGAGCAAAAUCUUCGUUGGAUAUGCUGAGCAGUCUUUGUGAACAAAGUAGUUGGAACUGGAUUGAUGGGAUCAUGCUCGGAGGAUGCCUGCACUAUGGGCUCGAGCAAUACGAGGAGGCAUUAGAAUGGUUCUCGAGGAUUACGACCCUUGACUCGAGUCACGUCGAGGCAAUUACAAACAAAGCCGCUACUCUAUACUGCCUCAAUCGACAAGAUGAGGCUGAACAGCAUUGGAUCCGAGCUGUCAAGGUGCAACCCAGUUAUCUGGAAGCCGUCGAGCACUUAGUCGGGCUUCUUUACAAGAAGCGCAGCAAGGAAGCUGUGGACAUUAUCGACUAUGUCCAGCAUGCUUUAAGAGCGCAACAUCAGAAAGUUGGGCCUCACAGUGAAGUGAUGAAGACCCACGGGUUUGGAUCAAGCGGUUACGCCAUACCAGGCAAGGAAAAUGGCCGGAUCCUGGCUCUGAUCCAUGCCAAAGGAACCAUGCUGUACAGUCUCAAAGAAGUCAACAGGGCAUCAGCUGCCUUUGAGGAGGCAGUUUUGAUCAGCCUCGGUCGCCGGAUGAGCGGCAUUCAAGACCUUGUCCGUCAAAUCCAGACAGUUUUGUCACCGGCAGAUAUCCGUUUGCUUCCAAAUGGACAACCUCGCCACGCUUCACGGCCUCUGCUAUUGCCCCCGGAACGAGCUCGGCAUACCGCUCAUCUUGUAUUCGGUGGUACUGGCGAACUGCCAGGACUGCGAUAUGUUGCUGAGGGCUCAACAAAGAGAGCAGCUGUGCAAACCACCAGCAACUCGCUCCUGUCCCUAGCCAAGAUCUUCCAAGAUGCCCUUUCCAGCGGACACGCUGCCCCGGACAUCCUGCGGCGUCCUUCUGGCGUCGAGGACAUUUUGGCCCUCUACUAUCUUUCGCUGUCGCUUCAAGAAAGCCCCUCUACUGCGAACAAUGUCGGUAUUCUCCUAGCAGGUGUGCAGCAGGUCACAUCUCAUCCUCCCGACGCAAGCAUCGAAAUGUUCCCCCAGCCAAACAUUCCCGGCAUCGUCCCAGGCAGUGGUCUGUCUCUAGCUCUGGCGUAUUACCACUACGGCCUGCGUCUGGACCCAAAGCACGUUCAUCUUCACACCAACCUCGGAAGCUUGUUGAAAGAUAUUGGUCAACUGGAUCUGGCCAUUCAAAUGUACGAGCAGGCAGUCUCAUGCGAUGGGACCUUUGAUAUCGCUCUGACAAAUUUGGCCAACGCCGUCAAGGACAGGGGACGUAUUAAUGAUGCAAUCGCAUACUACAAGCGCGCUGUGAGCUCCAACCCAGACUUUGCUGAAGCUGUCUGUGGUCUGUCCACUGCCUUGAACUCUGUUUGCGAUUGGAGAGGCCGGGGCGGAGUUAUGCUUCAGUCUGGAAAAUAUGAUCGAUGGCAUGUCGACGACAAAGGUCUCCUCAUUGAUGCACGUUCUGCGGGACAUGAGAGUGGCCUUACGGACCGCGUCGUCCGCAUCAUCGGUCGCCAACUCAGCGAGGCAUCAUAUUGGGGGCGCGGUGUUCUCGGCGAUAAUAUCAUCACCACCAUUGCAAAACAAUUACGGGAUCUUGGCCUGACAGGGUCAUUCCCACUCGAAGAAGCAUUGAGAGAAUGGAGCAAGAAACCAUGGGAGGGUUCGCACAUCGUUCGCCUUGUGGAGCGCGCGACUCGAGCAACGCAAUGGAAAUGGUACCGAGACCGCUAUAUAUCUGGCGCCGAAACAGCUUCCCGAUACACACGGUUACGUCUGCCUAACAGCCUCACAGUACCGUCGGCACCGACCGUUCUACCAUUCCACACUUUUACUUGCCCUCUCUCAGCGAAGGACAUUCGAGCUAUAUCCCAGCGAAAUGGAAUUCGAAUAUCCUGCUCGACGCUGCGGUUGCCAUGGCUACCAUCGACAGUUUAUCCCCCUCCUCCUCCACCCAGCCCUUACUUGAAUGUGGGUUAUGUGUCGUCUGACUUCAACAAUCAUCCUUUGGCUCACCUAAUGCAAUCUGUAUUCGGGUUCCACAAUCCUCGACGCGCGCGUGCGUUCUGUUAUGCCACAACAGCGAGUGAUCGGUCUGUCCAUCGGCAGCAGAUUGAGCGUGAGGCCCCUGUUUUCCGCGAUGUCAGCAGCUGGCCAGCGGACAAGCUGGUAGAACAAAUCAUCCGAGAUGAGAUUCACAUUCUUGUCAACCUCAACGGCUAUACCAGGGGGGCGCGCAACGAGAUAUUCGCUGCUCGACCUGCCCCUGUGCAGAUGUCCUUCAUGGGCUUCGCCGGUACACUAGGAGCGGAAUGGUGCGACUACAUUCUAGCAGACAGCACCGCCAUCCCACCCGAGACGCUACGCCCCUGGCGCAACAACGUUGGAGUUGAGGACGUGUUCCACGAUGAGACAGAGGGUGACAGGGAAGGCUGGAUGUACUCGGAGAACAUCAUCUUCUGUCGUGACACGUUUUUCUGCUGUGACCAUGCUCAGUCCUGUGAUGCGGGCGAACGCGAAGUCACAUGGGAACAAGAACAGAGACGUCGUUGGAAGAUGCGGAGAGAGCUUUUUCCCACCCUAGCUGAUGAUGCCAUUAUCAUGGGGAAUUUCAAUCAGCUAUACAAGAUUGAACCCACAACCUUCAGGUCAUGGCUACGAAUCUUGGCACAAGUGCCAAAGGCGGUCCUAUGGCUACUCCGAUUUCCCGAACUUGGGGAGGCAAACCUACGACGUACGGCCAAGGCUUGGGCUGGCACAGAGGUCGCCAGUCGACUAAUUUUCACUGAUGUUGCACCCAAGAGCCAACACAUAUCACGAGCGCGUGUUUGCGACCUAUUCCUUGACACGCCAGAAUGCAAUGCCCAUACGACAGCCGCAGACGUUCUCUGGUCAAGCACACCUCUCCUCACACUCCCAAGGUAUCCGUACAAGAUGUGCUCUCGGAUGGCGGCAUCUAUUCUGAAAGGGGCUCUACCUAAAUCAGAGGAUGGGCGAAAGGCUGCAGCAGAGUUGAUUGCUAGCAGCGAAGAGGAGUAUGAACAGCGGGCGGUACAGCUUGCUGGCGGUCUCAGCUACACCAUGUCGAGGAGCGGAUAUGGCCAUGGCCAUGGACGUUUAGCUGAUAUGCGCAAGUUGCUCUGGGAUAGCAAGUGGCACUGCGGGCUCUUCGAUACGCGGCGAUGGGUUGAUGAUGUUGAGACCGCGUAUGAGCAGGCAUGGCAACGAUGGGUCGCUGGCGAAGGCGGUGACAUUCAUCUGUGAGCGAGGAGCAAACAGAGUGGAUCAUGUCAACCCGCCAAAGCGAGAAACAGAACCGGUUUGGGAUUCAAUGAUUGAAUGACGAGACAGGACGUCCAACGUGUAGACGAGAUGGAUCGGUAAGCCACCAUCGGUGGAGAAGGCUGGUUUGGACUGGAGUCUGGCGUGUGUCUAUUCACUAUUUUUAAGAUUUAUUGGUGAUCUUGAGAGAGGGGCAAGUUCCUGAUCGGAUCAGGAGUGGUUUCUUUUUCUUUUCUUCUAGAGGUGGACGG